UUUGUUUUUAUUUUUCUUAUGUUCGUGUGAAGUUGGCUCUCCAUAGGUAAAUUUUUGUGUAUUUGGCAGCUGUUUACUUAUUGCCGAUGGAGCUUUAAUGUAAGUAGCGAUAACUCAAACGAGUUUCGAGAUAUUCGUAUAACAAUAAUAAUAUCCGGAAGAAACAAGCGUGCAUACGCUUGGUUUAUACACACACUACGAACGAUUUAUUCGAAAAGUGUUUGAACUUUGCAAUUUAAGUAAAAACUGAAGGGAACAAAUAAAAGAAAAAGCAUAAAUAAAAAAUAGUGUGACUGAAUUAUAAAUUUUAAGCAAAAUUGUUCGUAAAUUAUCUAAGAAAAUCAAGUAAAAAUCACAUACGAACUGAAAGCGUUCCAUCUGCUGAGAGCUGCAAGCGAAAGCGGAUAACAAGUUCAAGCCAAAAGGAAUAGAAGAGAAUGGAUGAUAAGAAUACUAAAGAAGUUAACGACAACAUUGGCACCACUCACGAUGCGCCUGCGGAUGCGAAGAAGCAGUUGAACCUACAAAGGCUACAAAAGCUCGCCGUGUUAGCGGCUGAGGCCGCUGCCAAAUUUAAGACGGUGGUAGACACGAACAAGGACAUUAAAACUACCUUGCCAACCACAACAACAACACCGAUAGAGCUCGUCGCAAUAGCCAAACAGACAACCUUAAAUCUGCUCGGCCGCGAGUGUAGCGAUAAACCGCUUAGCCAAAAGUCUGAUGACUCUGACUGUACUCUACAGUCCGACCAAUCCGAAAACAAUGGAUUGAAGGCGCUUGCCACACCAGCGACAGAUGGGAAAACAUUUGCCAGUAAUCAGACUCUCGACCGCAUACUGCUGGCGCACUCGGAGCAAACGAUAACGACCGCGCAUAUUGAGCUCGACUGCAAUUCGAGUCAGCGUACUGCACACGAGCUGGUGCUGCAGGCCGGUAGCGGCUGCAUCAAGCAGAUGAGCUUAACGGCGGUGCGAGAUGCCCCCUUUAUAGCAGGGGCGGCAGGUAGCGAGUCAGCAGCGGUUGGUCUAAGCGGCAGCAAUAUGGAAGGUGCGCCACAGACCACACCCACAGGUUCCGUGCGUUCAAUCGGCUCGCUCGUCUGUCGCAUUUGUCAUAAUGCCGAAGAUCCUGAGAGAUUAGUUUCGCCGUGUUUGUGCAAGGGAUCGCUGACAUAUGUGCACAUUCACUGCCUAGAGCGCUGGAUUAGCACCUCGAGGAGCACCGUCUGCGAGCUUUGCCAAUUCCAGUACAAUACCGUGCAGACGCUGAGAUACACGUGCUUUCAAUCGCUGCGAAUGUGGUAUUCCCGUUCGAUGAGCCGUCGCGCAUUGCAGGAGGAUUGUCAAAUGUUCUCGCUGCUUACACUGGUCGCCUUUGGCAUAAUCGGAACUUUACUCGUUGGUAUACAAUAUUAUUUCUUGCAAGGGCAAUCCUGGCUACUGAGUCGCAUGUGGACCAAAGGGUGGCUGAUAUUCUUUCUAUUCACCACGCUGACGAUUUAUUUCAUAAAUAUUUAUAUGAUCCUCAAGUCACAGUUGAGCCCCUGGUACAGGUGGUGGCAAUCGGCCCGUGACAUCAAACUAAUAUUGGAAAACCGCAAGCCCUUCCAAUUUCGCCCAAAUCGACGGCUGCAGAACCAUCAACUCGCACAGGAGCUCUCCGAUAUGGCUGACAUGGCACAACAACAACAACAUCAGGCAUCAACAACUGCCAUUGCACCGCAAACCUCACAAACGCACACAGCGCAGCAGCCCUACCACCCAAGCCCGCCCAUGCCGCCAACCUUUGCUGCCAUCAGCAUACCGGUGCACAUCGGCAAUGCACAGGAGAGCUCGGAGCUGCCCGUAUCUCUAAACGGCAUUGAGUUGCAAUGCAGCGGCGACAAUGACAACUUCGUUGCCGACGCUGUUGACACAUUGAGUUGUUGCGGCAAAGGGCCGCGGGCAGUGGCCAGCUGCAAGGGGGCAGCCGUGGCUGCAGCUGUGGCCUUUCACUGCAAUAAACUGACAACGUCUGCCACAAUUGAGAUUCCGCUCGAAGGUUGCCUUUACGAAUUCGAAACGAUGCUUUAGAUGUGAGAUGUAAAAGUGACGAGCGGUCUGGGAAAGGCAUAUAAUUGACAGUUAGUUAAUAUCGGAGAUAAUGCAUGACGUGGUUUGUGGUGUGCAAGUUCGUGGUGAAUAUAUGUGAACGUGUGCUUGUGAAGCUUCCAUUUCGCGCUGUUUCUGUUUCUGUUUCUGGUACUCACUGGGUUUUCGACAUUAGGGUGAGAACCGCGUAGAUAUAAUGAAAGCACGACGCAAUUAUGAAAACAUAGCAUAUUUGGAAAAUCAAAAAUUGGUAUUUUUAUCGCACAAGAAGACAACCAGCAGUCCACGUCUACAAAAAAAUAUUUGGAUCAAUUGAAAACCGUCGAUUUAAGUUUCGUGUUUUAUUCUCAUUCUACAUAGGUAUAUCUAGUCGCUAUUUUUGUGAUAUGUAUGUCUGAUACGUAUGUUUGUCUGUCCAUAAAAAUUACCGUGUUCAACUAUAGCUUUAAAAAAUCAAACUGAAUAAAUUAAAUUUCAUUGUUUAAAAAA